AUGGCGGUCGGUCGCAGAGUCGUCGCCCUGCCCGCACUCGUGGCCUUGCUGCUGUUCGCCAAUGCCGUGGCCGUGAGAGAAAGCCCUGAUGAAAAUAUUGAAGCCGGUUCCAAAAGGGCAGUAGAUGAUGACCAUAUGUCAACCCGCAACAGCACUGUCCGGAGGAGCCUCGCCGACGCCGGUUUCCUCUCCUGCGGCACCGGCAACACCAUCGACGACUGCUGGCGCUGCGACCCCCACUGGGACCGCCACCGCCGCCGCCUCGCCAACUGCGCCGUCGGCUUCGGCCGCGCAGCCACCGGCGGCCUCUACGGCCGCUACUACGUCGUCACCGACCCGUCGGACGACCCGGUCGAGCCCCGCCCGGGAACCCUCCGGCACGCGGCCAUCCAGGACCGGCCCCUCUGGAUCUUGUUCGACCGCGACAUGGUCAUCACCCUGAAGCAGGAGCUCCUCGUCAACAGCUUCAAGACGAUCGACGGCCGGGGGGCCGACGUCCACGUGGCCAACGGCGCGUGCAUCACGCUCCAGUACGUCACGAACGUCAUCAUCCACGGGCUCCAGAUCCACGACUGCCGGCCGACGGGGAACGCCAAGGUGCGGAUCUCGCCCUGCUCCGACGGCCUGAUUGACGCGAUUAUGGGCUCGACGGCCAUUACCAUCUCCAAUAAUUACUUCUCACACCACAAUGAGGUGAUGCUAUUGGGGCAUAGUGACUCUUACACAGGAGACAGGGCAAUGCAAGUGACUGUUGCCUUUAACCAUUUUGGGGAAGGUCUCACUCAGAGAAUGCCAAGGUGCAGGCAUGGGCAUUUCCACGUGGUAAACAACGACUACACGUCGUGGGAGAUGUAUGCCAUCGGUGGGAGUGCAAAUCCCACCAUCAAUAGUCAGGGCAAUAGAUUUUUCGCUUCGAACAAUCCUUUUUCUAAAGAGGUCACAAAGAGAGUUGCUGACAAUAACGAAACGUGGAAGGAUUGGAAUUGGAGGUCGGAAGGCGACAUGAUGCUUAAUGGAGCGUAUUUCGUGCCCUCGGGCAUUGCUGAAGCUAGCAGCUACGCCAGGGCCUCGAGCCUCUCGGCAAAACCAUCUUCUUUGGUGGCAACUCUGACUGCUGAUGCAGGCGCGCUUCACUGUCGUAAAGGCGUGUUGUGCUGA